AUGUAUGAAGAUUUGAAUCCAAGGUAAUUUUAAAUAUGUUAUAUAGCUGUAAUUAUAAACAUUGUCGUUCUUUUUUUUAGAUUUCCUUUUAAGAAAUGAAGUGGAAUAAAUCUAAUCUACCAUUUCUUCCUACUAUUUUUAAUAUAGAAGAUGAUAUAGUUUGUAUAAGCAAAAAGUAAUAAAUUAAGAGAAGAACUUAUAAACUUUUAGAUCAGUAUAUAUAUUAUAAAAAUAAAAAUGUAUGCAGUGAAUUAAUUGUUAGGAAAAAAUUUUAUGGAUUAAUUAUGAAAAUGCUAUUAUAGAAUUGAUAUCUGAUUAGGAAUUGGGUAUAGGAGUUCGUUUAACAAAAUGUUUUGAUAAAGUUGAAUUCUUUGGUAAUGCUAAUAAUUGGUAUAAAUUUAUGAAAAGGUUUGCAGUCUAAUAUGAUUUCAAUCGUUAUUAUACUCUUAUUAAAAAACUCAACAAAAUAAAAUUUGGAGAGUCAUUUAAAGGAAAAAAUAAAUUAGAUAAUUCAGAAUAUAUUAUCAAAGUAUAUUAAAAAUCAUAAAUUUAUGAUGAUGAAGAUAGAUAAUCUUUUUUUAAAGAAAUAUCAGUGAUUCGUUAAUUAUCAACAGAUUUAACAAUCAAAUUUUAUGAUCUAUUUGAAAGUCCAGAUCAAAUUUUUGUAAUUGUGGAAAAUUUACCUCCAUAUACUUUUUAAGAAUAUGUUUAAAAGAAUCCUUUUUUUUCAGAAGAAAAAGCUGCUAAAGCAAUAUUUAGAAUAAUAAAAAUAGUUGCUUAUCUUCAUUCUAAAAAGAUUAUGCAUAGAGACAUAAAACUUGAAAAUUUUAUUUUCAGAUAAUUAGAUAAUUUAGAUAGUUUAUGUUUAACAGAUUUCAAAUUAGCUGAAUUCUAUGAUGAUGAAGGAAAUUAUUAAUUUAAAAGAUGUGGAACUGUAGGAUAUGUUGCACCUGAAGUAUUAGCUGAUUAAAAUUAUGAUCUCAAAUGUGAUGUUUAUAGUGUUGGAAUCUUACUCUUUAUUUUAUUCACAGGUAAGGAACCAUUUGAUGGUAAUUAUCAAGAAAAAGUCAUUCAAAAUUUAAUUGGAAAUAUUGAUUUUCAUGACAUUAAGGUGAGCAUCUUAGCAUCAGAUUUACUUAAAGGUCUUCUUAAAUUAGAUCCUUAAGAAAGACUUUCAUCUCAUUAAGCAUUAAAUCAUAAAUGGUUUUAAAGAGAAAAAUUAAUUAGAGAAUUACAAUAAUAAAUUAAGUCUAAAUUAUAAAAUCAAAAUAAACCCAAAAAUGUCAAAGCAUCUUUCAAGAAUUCAUUCCCAAUUUUACAAACUAAUUCAGCUCCUCAAAUUUCUAGUCCAUUAAGUUUUAGACUUAAAACAUUACCUAAUCCUUAAACCCUUGAAAGAGUUCAUCUACCAGAAAUAUAAAGAAGAACAACUCAUUUACUUCCUUUAAAUUCUAUAUUAUAUGGAAGAAUUAAAUGA